AUAUCAGUGAACGGGCGUGCUAAAGCAAAUGUAAAACGCUUAAAAGCCAGAGUGACUCUUCUUUCAGAUGCAAUGGCGGAGUUUUUCCUGUAGUCACGGAUUACCUUCAUUGCUCAUUUAAAAUAACUCUGAAAAACUUUCUAAACAAUUUUAAAAUCCAAUUGCUGCUAAGAGCUUCCAAAGGUAAGCGAGAUGACUUCUUUAUCGCUUUGUCAUGGCGUCAUAACUCAUACCGAAGCAAUUAGGAGGUUUUCUCGCAGUGUUUAACCAGAUGAUAAUGAAUAUAGCUUUACUGACCGUUAACCAGUUUUGAUAUUAUAAUCUCCGAAGGACGAGGAACAGUUUAUAACCAAGUUAAUGUGGAGAGACUAAUGGUAAGCGAAACUUGCUUAUGUUUUUGAUUCAAGCAGUCAUUACUCAUACUAGGCCACUAAAAAUAUAGUUAUCGCUGUCUGAAACAAUUUGCUUUCUGUUAAAGAGAACUUUUACAGCAGUUAAGUUGACCCGUUUCAAUUGUCUUAACCUCUGUAAAAUGGUUGAAAAUUCAUUAUUAAUCAUAUUUUAGUUUUUAAGAAUAUUCAUAACGUUUUGGGCGUCAGAAUAUCGAGACUAUAGCAUUUAGCAAAAUGAAAAAUAAUGGGAAACAUGAAAGUUGGAAAAGACUUUUGUCCUAAAGAUAUUAAGAUAAUAGAGUUUAUGUUCUUGAUCAUAAAUAUCUUUUCGGCCCUUCCCAGAAUUAUUUUAACCCUCACCUAGCAGCUCGGACUUAAAGGAUUAUGUUGAGCCCGAAACAUAUUUAUGCCCAAAGCUUAAAAACAUGACAACAAAACAAUCUAAACACCCACGCAAGCGUGUGAGCAUUUUAGCCUGCUAAAUUCUCUAUUUUGGCCCGCGAAAUGCUCUAUAAUGUCUAACAAAGUGAUAUUAAUUUCAUUUUUUACACGGUGCUUUGGGUAAAAACAGAGAUAAUUGCAAUGGCCUAAAAAUUAAGUUCUCUCUGGAAAGAAACAGAAACGAAAGCUGUCGUAUUUCUUGCAGAUGUUCUGAGUCAUAUGCCGGUAAGGCGAGUUAACACAACUUUGCAUAUAAAUUUACCCGCUUAGCCAUCAAUAAACGGAAAAAUGCAAUAAUUAUGGGAAAGGGUAUGAACAGAUUGUGGCAAAAAUGGGUAAUACCAUCAGCUGCGUAAGUUCAAAACCAAGUAAAUUGCCUGCAGUUUUAGCAUAAGCGAUCUUCACGAAAUUCUGAGUUCCUGUUUUCCAUCAUAUGGUAUAUUUAUUAUACAUAAACUAUAUUUUUUAUUGACUGAUCGAAAGGGCAAAUGGUGAAUAAUUAGAAUAAAGAGAUUGUUAAUAAGUUAACUUUGAUGAAACGAAGCAGAAAAAAAUUAUUCAUUUAUCUAUCUCAAGAACAUUUGUGUCACGUCGGUUUUCAAGUAGUGGUAAACUACUUUGAAAUUCAUAUUGCUUAAAAAUUCGAUCAAGCCUUCGGGCGGUAAUUUUAUUUGAGAUCCAAAGAGAGAUAAUUACAUGGCGACCGUCACUUAAAGAGACUCGCCCUGUUAAAAACGCAUUUCAGUCGACCUAAAGAUGGUCAUUUACGUUGCUGCUUCUAAGAGGGUCUUCCAAGGUAUCCAUGACUACUCUGAUGCUUUCCAGCUGCUCAUUAGAACACAAUGCAUAAAACAUUUUGGUCGCCUGCAAGAACAUUUUUCUCUUACAACCUACCUGAAGGUAUUUUAAUUUAAAAAGAAGUUUAAUUCAAUUCGUGAUAAAAAAUUCCAAAAAUAUUCUAAUCUAGCUCCUUUAAACGACAUAAUUUCAAUUGCUCUCACAAUACAACCUCGGUUCUAACGUCCUCUCUCUUCCUCCGGAGGCAAGAAGGAAGUGGACCCUGGGGCUCGAAAGAUAGAAAUAAAUAGUUGUUACUUGAUCGGAAACAAACACGCCGAUGGGAUUGCGUCUGAAGUUUAAAUAACCACGAGUUAAAUAGUCUUAUUGGGGGAGAAAGUUUUCUGUCGGAUACAGAAAAAUUUGAAGGAGGUGUGUUGUCUGACUUGAGAAAAUAUCAUGAAAGGAAGUCGCUUAAUCUGUGCUUAAUCAUCUCCAUUAGUUUAAAGACAAGACCUGAAUUUAUGUUAUGUCGUACCAUCUUGAUUUCGUGUCCGUAGGAAAAACUUACACAGCAGGAAAUUGAAGGUUAGUCCAGUUGUUCCUUUUCAGGAAGUACUGACUCAUCAGGUUAAACAACACUUUUUCAAAUCUUAUUUGACCUUCUUCCUUGAAGUAGUCUGAAUACUUAGUUACUCCGGUGAUGUCACUCUAUUUAAAAAACUAACGACAGCACUUGAAAUUACAAUGAAUAGAGGUACCAGGCACGAGGUGUUUAUGUUCUUUGCUGAACGGAUUUUCACCACGUUUCUUUCUAAAAAACCAAGCUUUAAGGCCAAACAGGAAAGUGCAGGACUUUGUUGUUUAUCAAAUACAAGGCCAGAUGCUAAUUUAGGCUCUCCAGUUUUGUUUACACGUCCCGCCUGAAACUCCACUGAAUUUUCAAUUGGCAAGCAAGAUAAAUUCAAUAUAAUUACUCAUUAACAUUCAAUUUCCUAAUAGAAUACGUCGAGGCGUUCAGAUGCUUUGACCUGAAUGAAAACGGUCAGUUAUCCACAAAGGAACUAAAGUAUGCUAUGCGCAUGCUUGGCUUGAACCCAACCGAUCACGAAGUUCAGGAACUUGUGAACGACUUGGACUACGACGGUGAGAAUAGCCGGAAUAUUGCUUCUUCUGCAGUGGCUAAAAGAGUUUGACAAUGAGCUAAAAGUGCUUUGCAUUUGAAAUAUUUUGGCUUUACAAGCUUAUUGCUGCUCUAAAUAUGCGUUUUUUGGUGGCUUUCAUCGUCACGCAGUCGAAAUCUUUAAAUCUAUCGAAUUCCUGACGCCAAGAGAGUGAAUUAUUGUAAAAUAUUGAUACGUAAACAAUUUCAGGUACGCCAUGUUAGUGCCCAUCCAAGAUAGGCACCAAAAUUUAACGGUUCGAUAGCUUAGCACCUUUCUAUUUUGAUGUACUAGCACUUGGCGACAAAGACGAGCUGGAAAAUGAAAAGACGAAUGAAACAGAAAAUGGCAAACGGCGAAAAAGGAAGAAGUCGAGGGAAGACGAGAAAAUGCAAGGAGAAAAAUGGACAAAGGACGACUUUCCGAUUUGUAAGCAUAAUUCUAAUCUUUCACUGAAGCAGUUUUCAUUUGAGACUCGAAAGUAAUCCGGGGUUGCGUUGGUUUUGUCUCACUUUGCUCCGUGAUUGGCUGAGAAAACUCGCGCCAUCCUCUCAACCAAUCAGAUUUAACACUAAAAGCAAAAGUAUUUUGGGUCACAUGCAUUUCCCGCGCCACAGGUAGUUUGUUGUUAUUUUGAGCUCUUUCUUUAUUUAUUUAGCUUUGCCUAACUAGAAUACAAUUAUACUUAUAUGCAUAAAAAUUAUUACGGCAGGGAGACCACUACAACUUAUCCAAUUACAGUGGAUUCCUCUUUAAUGAUUACUGAUAACUAAAGCUACUCAUAUAUAGAACGAGAAAAAUAAACAGGAAACAAAAGUUCAAAUUGCUAGAAGUAGCACGACGGUGGACAUAGGAGAGUCCUCGCUAUGUUGCAGCUGGGACAGAUUGUUCUCUAGGUUCUGAUGUCGUCAAGGUCAUUCAGAGCUAAAGCGUUAUUGUAUUAUUGAAGUAAUGAACGAUUACUCUUUCUGCUUUUGUCAUUAAUUUGCUCUGUUUGGCUGCUCCGAUUACGUUGGUUUUGGUUUUGUGACAAUCAAUCGAAAAGCGCUCGAUAGCUUAGGUCCUAUUGCUAAGGGAUCAGGAAGAGGUGAGGGGAGGAUUCGAUGCAGGAUUUAAAAUUUACCUUAAUGAUUCUACCCCCCCCCCCCACCCCCUUAUUGACAGUUAAUUGGCAGUCAAUUUCUUUAAUCCACCAUCUCUAUUGUUUGCGACCCCACCCCUACCCCCCUAGACGAUCCUGUAAUAAUGACCACCCUUAGUAUAAGUUUUGAAAUAAAAAAUUCCAUCGAAGAUGAGAAGCAAAUGCUUUACGAACAAGAAUGGAACCCGUUGCAAAGGAGAAAAAGUUGUAGAAAACCUCCAAUCCCCCCUUCCCCCCCCCCCCCACGGGAAUCACUAGAGACCGGCCCAUAAUGAUCUCAGUGAUAACGGUGAUUAUCUAUAAUAGUAAUAAAUUUGAUGAAGAUGAUGAUAAUAAUUAUGAAGGAAAGUUUACUUAGAAAUAAUUGUGAUUUUAUCUCUAAGAUGAGGGCGCUAUAGAUUUUAAAAAAUUUGUCAACUUGAUGGAAAAACAGCGAAGUAUGAUGCAGGACGACGAGGCCGCUAUGUUGUUCACUGUAUUCGAUUCUGACCAUCGCGGCUUCAUUGAAGGAAAGACAAUCAAGAGAUCGCUGCAUUUUCUGGAAGAUGUCCCCACCGACGAGAUAAACGAAAUACUGGCGAUGACAAAACUUUCGGAUGACCGAAAGAUAACUAUGGAAGGUAUCUAAUCCACCUUGUUAUGAUUGUGAGCCAGAAAGAAAACUGUCAGUCGGCCAGUUAGUCAAACAUUAAGCCAGUCUGCUUGCCAAUCUGUUUAUUAGUUAUUCAACAGUCAAUCAAUCAUUAAUUCGGAAAAUAAGUUGGUUAAGUUGACAGGCGCUGAAGUCAGUCAGUCAUUCAUUCAUGCUGUCAGUCAAUAUAUCAAUCGGUUAUUGAACAGACACUCAUUCACCAAAUAAGUCAGUCAGUCAGUCAGAGUUAGUCAGUCAUUUAUUCAUGCACUCAGUCAAUCUAUCAAUCGGUUAUUGAACAGACACUCAUUCACCAAAUAAGUCAGUCAGUCAGUCGCUCGUAAGUCAGUCAGUCAGAGUCAGUCAGUCAUUUAUUCAUGCACUCAGUCAAUCUUUCAAUCGGUUAUUGAACAGUCACUCAUUCACCAAGUCUAUGCGUCAGUCAGCCAGUCAGUCGGCCGAUCAAUGAGUCAGCUAGUAAGUCUGUUUACUAUGUCUCAGAUUGUACGUGAUCUGACUGGUCAAUCUAAAUUCAAAAGUUUGUCUGAAUUGAAACAACCCCCCUAUAUUUAAACUCAGAGAUCUAACAAAUAUCUUACUAACACUUUUUCCUCGGUCCGCACUGUUAAUGAAAGAACCUCGUUUUUCCAAUCGCAUUUAUGACCCGAAUGCUUGUUUCUUGGGCCAUAAAUCCAAUUGGUAAAAACUUGGUCCUUAUGUCACAGCGCACCACUCAAAGUCGGUCAGUGACAAUUUCAGUGAGAUAGUCACCCAUCCGUUAAGUCAAUUUAUCAGUCUAUCAGUCAGUCAGUCAGUCAGUCAGCCAGUCAGCCAGUCAGCCAGUCAGCCAGUCAGCCAGUCAGCCAGUCAGCCAGUCAGCCAGUCAGCCAGUCAGCCAGUCAGCCAGUCAGCCAGUCAGUCAGUCAGCCAGUCAGUCAGUCAGUCAGUCAGUCAGUCAGUCAGCCAGUCAGUCAGUCAGUCAGUCAGUCAGUCAGUCAGCCAGUCAGCCAGACAGUCAGUUAGUCAGUCAGCCAGUCAGCCACUCAGUCAGCCAGCUAGUCAGCCAGUCAGUCGUCAGUCAGUCAGUCAGUCAAUCUGCCAGUCAGUCAGUCAGUCAUUUUUAUCAAUCAGUCAGUCAGUCAGUCAUUUUUAUCAAUCAGUCAGUCAGUCAGUCAUUUUUCAGUUAUCCAGUCAAGAAAUGAUUAAACUUCUACUGCUGUUUAAUUUUCAGAGUUUGUGACCAACUUUCUUUCACCUCUGAUACUGAAGGAAGAGAACAGUGAGAUGCUCUGAUCUGGCAUGCGCAACUGAAAAACAAAAGUCUCUAGUGUUUAGUUUUUCUUUUAUUUAACUUUAUAAUGCUAGAAAUACCCCCCAAAAAAUUGGAAUGUUUUAAGCUAUUUUGAAAAAGUAAAACGUGGAGUAAUCUAUGAUGACGUGAGUAGCCCAUAGAGCGAAAAUUGUCUGGCAUUUUGGUUUAGUGAAUUAGCUUUCUUUCAAAACAUUUAUUUCAAUAAUUUUUCUUAAUGGAUAGAUUCAAGUGGGAGAGAGCUUUUGCUUUCAUUUUAUUUGUGUAAUAUAAACAACAUUUUUGGUAGAUGCAAACCCUGUUUCUUGUAGCAAAUUGAUUUUUAUUCCGAGCAAGAGAUGAAGACACUCUGUUGGACAUUAAAGAACUUGAUUCUCACAUUAGGUAUUGUGAGAACUCAAAUAAUGAAAAUUUUUUUUUAAGUAAGUAGUUAAAUGCUAUAGCAAUGUUUCAUUAAUAAAAUUCAACAAAUGGACGGUCGAAAUACCUAGGACAAAUGUUACGCUUUAAAUGUCAUAUUUUGAAAGGGGAGUGACAAAAAUUAUCUGAAAAACUUUUGAAAAAAAAAAAGAAUAAUAUUUCAAACAGUUAGCCGGUUAAAAAUAUCACGCAAUAUUAAUCUGAGGAGUUGCAGCAGCUAAGGUUUUGAGUUAAUUUCAAAAAUUUACUGCUGUCAUCCAAGAGUUGCGUUUUCAGUUUCAUAUAGAGAAGAUGAUUCCAAAAUAAGAGUUUAUUUCUUCUUGCGGCAAGUACUUAAGGACAUUAUUUUAACCGAACAUGAUCAAUAUUUCAUUACGUUGAAUUGGAUCAAGAAGGUUUCCUUAUGAAAUGCGGAUAUUUAAUAACUUUGGUUAAAGAACUUAUGUAAAUUUUUACUACCUGUGUUCUCCAUUGCGUCUCUGGUGAUUUAUUUUGCAAAUUAUUUAACUGAUGCGAAAUGAAGCUAAUAAUCCUUGUUUUAUCUGCAUUCAGUCAAUAUUUUCACUCCAUCUAAACGCCACAUCUUUCAAGCGUGCUUUGUAGAGGCACUUUACAUAUUGGCAGUGAUUUUCGCAGAACAACCGUUGGCUAGAGAAAAAACCGUUGUUGAAUGUGAUUCUUUUAUUUGCGGCCGUUUUUAGCCAAGAAUUUUGUGGUUUAUCACACUGGAAUUCCGCAAAAGGUAAGAUUUCUUCGUAGAUUAUCGCUUGCAGUUAAAGAAAUACAGAAGUAGACUUACCAAGUCAUAGUGUACAGAUAAAACUUAGCGGUUUUGAACUGUUCCUCUUCCUGGUUGAAUUAGGAGCUAUUCCUUCGCCCUAAAACUAACGAAUGAUACGGUAACGUUGGGUAAAAUUUAAACUAUUAUAAAAUCAAUUUAUUACGCCAUCGUAAUAAAAAAAAGGAAUAUGGAAAAAAACCGACAUGACUCUUAGUUCAAAACGACCCUAAGCAAAAACGAUAUUCUCAUCGAAAAGGUUUUCAAGUUUUGCUGUUGCUUCUCAAAAAUGUGUUUGAAUUAGGGAAUAGAUUUUGUAUCGCUUUUCGGGAGACCACAGAAAUCUCCUGCUGCGUUUGAAAUGACUGGAAUACGUAGAAUUUUAUUUGUAAAAACAUGCGCAGCUAUUUAAAAAAACGCUCAGUGAAAAUAGUUCGACAACAUCUGCGAAAAUUGGACCCAAGCAAAAUAGCUCUUGAUAAAGUUCUAAUUUUCUAGACAAUGCGGAGACACAAUAUUUAGGGAAAUUUUCUUUUGCCCUUCUUAAGUGAAUCACUAUCACAAACAACUAACAAGGUGGAGUAAUUGAUCAGCCAAUCGCCGCGUCACAACGCAACGCUCUAAAAUAGCACAAAUCAACGUUUUAACACCGUUAGAACAGGAUAAGCUUGCUUUAAUUUCUACAAUUACGUCGGAAAAUUUACCAUGUAUGGAAUUAUCUUCGACGGAAUCUGUUCACGUCUAUCUAAGGCGCUGAUGGUUGUUUCAGGACAAACAUAAUUAUGUAAUUUCAUCAAAUAACAGAUAGAUAAAUGGAUGUUAUAGUUUUGCUUCCUCUUGUUAUAUUUAGCUUUUGAAACAUCACGGAAAAUCCCGCAGGAGGGAAGAUGAAAAGUAAGCUGAACCUUGUUUCCAGGGUCCUCUCUCGUUCUUCCUUGGGAGGACCCUGGAAAUGAGGUUGAAGUAAGCCACGUUUUUACGCACAGCGACAUUGACGAGUUGAUUAAAACUCGUCUUGCCGAAAAAUUUCUGUAAACAUUAAGUAAUUAUAUAUCAAGUAAGUAUUAAAUAAUAGUUCUUUGAUUAUGGUAUAGCUUGUUGUAGGAAAGCUUAUUUUAGUUUCUCAUUCAAAUAAAAGCGUUUUUGACGAGUAAGAUUUUUUGUUUGGUGUGCUUUGGCCUACUUUUUGAAACUUUGGGGGUUUUGAAGUAAAAAAUUGUCUUGAAUUUUUCUUACUCAGUUCAAAAAUUGUUCAACACAUUUGUUUUUUGUAAGGCCUUGGGUAUUUUUUUCUCCUCAGUAUGGAUACGUUUCUGCAGGGAUGGCUUAUACCCCUCCUAUUAAUGAAAUAUCAUGGAAACUGGUGAGUCUCUGAUUUAAUAGAUAGAUUGCACACUUUAUCAUUAUCAGCGUUGCAGGAAGUACGUUUCUCCACUUACUAGAAGAAUUAAGACGGGUCGGAGAGAGUUUUACCAGGAGUCUGGUACUAUUAUCAGUGCCAGACCCCUUGCAGACCUAUCGGUGGCUCGCGUUGCUGAGGCUCUUAUACUUUUUCGGGGGCGAAGAAACGCUUGUGCUGAAGCGUUAGUAAAGGGGGCCUGGUCCUAGGCUAUAACAACAGGGAAAUAGACAAGCAGCACUUUAAUAUUUCAACUGGAAUUUGAUGGUAUGGUCUUUUUUUUCGUUAUGAGGGGUAUGGCCUCUUUUUUCGUUACGAGGGGUAUGGCCUUUUUUUUCGUCAUGAGGGGUAUGGCCUUUUUUUUCGUUAUACCUUACUUUUUCUCGAGUGAAAGGACAUUUAAAAGCUCCUAUUCUCCUAGAAGGGGUUUUUUGCUGAUGAUAAAGUCUCGUUCAGAACCUCUACAGUCUCAAUAACACACGACAGUUGGAGUCGAAUACGGAGUCCUAAGCUUGACAAAACAAGCAGUUCAGUUUUCAUCUGAUUCUGCCUAUGACUCUGGUUUUUUUGAGCGAGUGAGCUCAAGAUUGCAAUAGGUGCAAGCAGCAAGAACCAAACAAUUACAAUGCGGGUUUUCAGGCCAUCUGUUGGCUUACGAUUCCAACAAUUCAGUUUUCACAAUCAAAGGCGACAGGGUCCCGAACCGUAUCUUCGCUCUGCUUUCGAUUCGCCGGAUCUCAUCCGGCUCCGCCAGCUCUGAACAUCAACCUUAAAGUUUUAGCUCCUAGCUUGAACAGCUGAAGAACAUUUGUUUGUUUCUGUUUAAUUAAGUCCUCUUGACUACCUUCUUGUUCACUUUAAUUAUAGCAAUGAGAUAUCUCACUUUGACAGAACAGAGAUAGCCAAUGCCACGUUCAUUUUGGAUAGUAUCCUGGAAGAUAAUGAUUACGACAAAAACACCAGACCCCGAGCAGGACGUAAGUCUCUCCGAUGAUCUGUGAAAAACUCUCGUCUUAAUCAGCCUGUGUAGCCGUCCUCUAAGUUUCCUUUUAUGGAAGACGGAGGAGGGUGAACCGCGCAAGGGCAUAGGGCGAGAGAAAGUAAAGAAAGUGGUCCGUAGGUUACUUCUUUACUCCAGAACUGAUCAACAUGUAACCUCUUCUCAAAAAUCCAUAUUUCAGCCGAGAAACAGGUGACGAGAAUAGACAACCUCAUCAGCUAGGGGUGUUAUUUCGAUAAAACGCCGAACACUGGAGGUUAUAGGGAAAUAUUUGACAAUUAGAAGGGAGGAAUUGUAAUCUUAUUUUGGGAUUUACAAUAAGAGGAAUAACAUCUAGUAGAUUAACUACUCCGGGGAGUAAGUGAGUGUUACCAUGGAAACAAAUUAAUGGUGUCUAUUGUGUUACCUCGUAAUUUUAAUGGGAAAGGAGUCACGAUAUGAUCUCAACUCUUAAAAGCUCGUGCGUGACAGAUUUUUUUCCCUGACCAGGAUUAUCAUUGAAAAUAGAUGAAUAAUUAAUGCAAACUGAAAACAGAAAUAAAAAUUUAUCUUUUUUUCCUUAGAGAAACCAGUUAUAGUGUAUCUCAGUAUGGCAAUUCAAUCUUUUACAAAUAUUAAGGAAUCUAAUAUGGUGAGUUAUUUGUUUUAAUAUAUUUAACAUUUGAUUACUUUAGGUUUUAGUUUCUAUGUAUUUGCAGUUUAGUUUAUCAAUUCGUCCACUGUACACUUGUGGAUGAAAAUCACUUUUCAGGCUUCUAAUCCUACAAGUUUUUCAAUUUUAGCUGACUUGCGUGGAUCAUUUCUUACUUGAAUAUUAUCCAAAGGUCAUAAAUUCUCAUUUAAUGUCAACAAUUAUAAUCAGAUAUCUGAUUAUAAUUAUUGACAUUAGAUGAGAAUUUAUGACCUGUGGAUCCCCAUAUGGGGACAAAAAACCCUUCAAAUUAAUUUCUUAUCCACUGAUCAGAUGGAUUUUCAGCUCACUUGGUAGUACCGCCCAACUAGCAAGGUUUGGAGAAGCAUGGGUUGGAAUCCAUAUUUUUAUCUGCGAGGAACACAUAUCUACUUAGAGAUAAAUCAUUGCUAAGAAUGAUACGAUAAACUCGAAUACGAUAAAUGGAAGCCAAAAGAUAAGGAGUUUGUCAGCUUUAGAGUUUAAUAACCAGUUAAGAACAAUAAACGUCACUUACUUCUCGAUAGGAGUUUACAACAUCAAUGUUCUUGCGCCAAGAGUGGAAUGACAGAAGAUUAGCGCAUCAUCACAACGGCAUGUUACCUGUCCAAGGCAAAGAUGUGCAGAAAAUAUGGCGUCCAGACACUUACUUCACAAACAUGAACGACUAUAAGUUGUACGAGGACAAUCAACUGGCUCUGAUAUCAAGAUUUGGAUAUGUCUACUAUAGUUCAAGGUAAACUGAGACAACAUGUCAUGGUGGACACGAACGAACAGAUCCUUUUACCAAUAUGGCGACGGAAAAUGACAACCACAAAGUAUUGAACUAGACCAGGAAAUGGUUAAAAUGGUUUUUUUCAUUUGGUAUCUCAGGAAAUAUUCACUGUCGUACCCUUUUAAUUUUUUUUUGGUAUGCGUGGCCUUGUAAUUUUUAAUAGACCUCAAAAAGCACCAUUUUCAUUGGUAAAUCUCAAUUAUCUCUUUGUAAAGCGCAUCAGAGUUCAAUUAACCUCGUACCCAGAUCCUACCGUGUAACCGUAAAAUGAAAUGUAUAACCGCUUGACCGUGGGAGGUCUGGGAACGAGACUACAGUUCAACAGCAGCACACGUUCUUCCCACCCCAACCCAAUAUUUUGGAUUUCUGCUUUCACUAACUUAUUCAGAGAAGUAGAAAAGAAAAGUAUCCCUUUUCAAAACGGCUGCACGAACCUCCGAUGUGAAGAGAAAGACAGUUUGAAUUAUAUGGAAUGAACUUCAUACGCAAGAAAUGUUCUUUCUUCUGCGACAGGUUGUUUGUUGCUGCGUCCUGUCGAAUGUAUUUACAAAAGUUUCCAAGGGAUGUUCAGAAGUGUAGCCUUAUCCUUGAAAGUUGUAAGUAUGAGCUGAUUUUGUUGCUCUGAGUAAGGUUUCUCAAUUUUAAACGUUCUUUGUAAAGAUCAUGAUAGAACCAGAGGCUUAGCUCACGAGAUGUGAACUCGUGAGUAUAAAAGCCGCCCUUGUAGGAGAGCCUCAUAGCUUACCAGCUGAGGCUUGCUCGUCACUGGUGCCCUCUACUUAUUUGCUGCGGUGGACUCAUUUGAGAAAUUACGAAGCCACGACUUGCAAAAUCUAUUGUUGAUCCCCUUGACAGUAUCAAAAAUUAGGCGGAGCACACAACCACGGGUCUUCCAUCUAUGUCCAUAUAAUACAGGGUGUCCGUUAAAACAGGUCUAAUAGACUGCGCAAUCGUUUAAUUUAUUAGAAAAGCUUCAAAUACAAAAGAGUGAGUAACCAGUAACUUUCCGAAUGUGACAGUUUUACGGGAAGGUAAAUGGUAUAAUCAAUUGCCAGACUAGACAGUUUUUAUAGCAUGCAAAGUACUCUCGAUCUGUGUUCGCUCAAGACGAUGUCCGCUUACCCUUGACAGAGAUUUCGCUGUAACACUAAGUCAAAACACUCUCGUCACAGCCUCCUCCCCAACUGAUCACAAGAUAAUCAAUUAAAACGCAUAAGGAGCGAAUAUUUUAAGUGGCUUGUGUGUUAUCUUUUUUAAAGUUGCUUUCACCAGAGACAUGGUGGAAUACCGAUGGAAGUAUCCCAAUCCAAUCAACAUCCUGGAUAUAGAAUUAGCAGAAUUUGAUUUGACCAGCACAGAAUACACUAGUGAAGAUGUUGAGUACGUUGCAGGUAUUCACUACGACUUACUUCAAGCCCUCAGGGGUGUUCCUCGUAAGAAAAACCAUGAGUGACCUCAGGGGUUUUCUCCCUCUUUUUGUCGUGACAAGAGCCCAUUUUUUAACGAAAGAUUUUCGUCAGAAUAUUUUUGAGACUUCAGCGAUAUAGUUUGCUUGCUUGAAGUUCUAUUUUGUUUCUUUUCAAGUGGCUUGAAAUUUAAAUUGCACGCUUAACGAACGCCAGACGUGUGGAAAAUAUAUUAUGUCCGAUAAGGUUAACCGUUAAACUUGAGAAAUAACGCCACUUUGAAAACAUCGGUAUAAUAAUUUUUGCUCUGACGUAAAAGCUAACGCUUGAAACGUCAGCUGUAUAUGCUCUAUACGGCGGCCAAUUUGCACUACGAACUCAGGAGAUAAGACUAAAUUAUCUUGUUACACCCCUCAUCAAUGUUUCUCUGGAAACUUACCCCCUCAAUACCAAAAGUUUCGUGUGACCAUUUGUGACAUAUGUUACGAGAUUCAUUGAUAUAAAUCCCUGUUUCGCUUGCAGGUAAAUACCGUGACAUGAUCGUAACUUUCACAUUUAGUCGUCGGAUUGGUUAUUACCUCAUUAACUUCUACGUUCCAUGCAUCAUUAUGGUUAUUAUGAGCUGGAUCGUGUUCUGGAUGGAUCGAGCCAACAUCGGUGACCGAAUAGCGCUCGGAAUUACGACUGUGCUAACGAUUGUUUUCUUACUGAGUUCCAGUAACAGCACUAUGCCCCGAGUCAGUUACCCGAAGGCAAUCGACUGGUACCUAAUGACUUCGUUCAUCUUCGUCUUCACGACACUGAUCAUGUGUCUGUUGAUCUUCCGGUUUGAUAGACGUGUAAACAAACAGAAGUGCCCGCCGAGGUCGGUCAGCGGUGAACCACCAGCCGAAUCAACUUCCAUGCAGGUAAAUGAAAUCAUAUUAAAAGAGCCCACGAUAAUGAACGACUUAUUGCUGACAAUUAAUGAUCAAGACAGAAUUUCUCCUUACAUUAUCAACACAGAAUUAAGCAGACAAGUGAGGAGAAUAAAGAAGAAAACUCAAUUAGGGGACCAAAAGUUGAUCCAAUACCAAAUUCUCCAAAUUGAAAUCAGAAGUAUAUUAUGCCAGACAGUAGGGAGAAUUACUAACCCCCCCUCCCUCACUCUUUUAAAUAGUGCUGGGGAAUUACUUCAUCCCUGUUCACUUGAGGACUGAGAGGGCUAAGUUUCUCAGCUAAACCGUGCUUGGCCUUAGAGUACUGUGACUACUCUGGACGGGAAUUUAAUCAAUCGCAGUUUGCCCUCCCUCUCUCCCUCCCUCUCAUGGGGUUGGCUGGUACCCAUUGAUAACUCCUGGGUGAAGAGACGCUGUAUGAAAAGUUUGCCCCAGAACACCACCCAUAAUCCAAACAAGAGCUCACACCUGGAAUGCUCGUCCUUAGACCGCUGCGUUAAAUACCUCGCCUCUCAUGUCGGCUCUUUAGGCAUAGCUUACUAGCCUUAAAUCUUUGUCAUAACUUUAGAUGCCCGAAGAGCCAGAGAUUAGGAGCCGUGUGUCAUACUUUGUGGCAGACUCUCGAGGAGCCGUGUAUCCCAUCGUUCACAGCGCUUCAGGCCUCAAGAAAAGAAGUCUCCUAUCGUUCUGUUUUCGCCAGAAGUUUUGCGGACUGUCGGCACGAGUUACACGGGAAAACCUGGGAAUGAUUUUAAACAAUUUCUGUAGAUUUCUCUUCCCUUGUUCGUUUCUUUUGUUUAAUCUUGUGUACUGGGUGGCGAUUUCCAACUAA